CGAGACUCGACCAUUCGACCUCCACCCCUAUCGGCUAUCCCGUCCCGUCCUAGCCGUCUCCAUCCCACCACGGCACCACCUCCCCCCCAGCCCCGUCCGGCCGCGCCGCGACCCAAUCCACCACGCCACUUCCCCCGUCCCGUCUCGUUCUCGUCGCACCUCACCUCGCAGAGAGGGCUCGCCCGCCCGCGCGCGCCCUCGAUCCGUGCGCGCCAUGGCCUCGGACCAACAGGCCCUCCCGGUUCCGGUCCCCGUCCCGCCCAACCCUAACCCGACCGCGACCCCGACCCCGACCGCGCCAGCCGACCCGACCCCGACCGCCUCCGCCGCGCGCAAGCUCCCCAUCAAGCGCCGCUCCCCGCGGCCGUCCUCCUCGCCUUCCUCCUCCCCCGCCUCCUCCGACCCCCUCCACGCCGCCGCCGGAUCCGACCAGCAGCAGCAGCCGCCGUUCAAGUUCCAGCGCAUCUGGUCGGAGUCCGACGAGCUCCGCUUCCUGCAGGGCCUCCUCGGCUGCGGCGCGCAGGGCCUCGUCUUCCCGCGCGACCUCAACGUCUUCUACGACCGCUUCUCCGAGUCCAUGCCCCAGCCCUACACCCGCUCCCAGCUAUCCGAGAAGCUCCGCCGCCUCAAGAACAAGUUCCGCAGCAUGUCCGCGCGCGUCGCCAGGGGGCUCGACCCCGCGCGCCUCGCGCCGCACGACCGCGAUGUGCUCCACCUCUGCUCCCGGCUCUGGGAUCCUUCCAACGCCGCAACGUCGCCCUUUGCGGCCAACGCCGGGUCCUCUGGGAACAAGCGACGCCGCGCCAACCCUCGCGGCACUCCGCUUCCGCUCCCUGCUGCUUCCGGGGAUAGCAAUUCCCAUGACUACAAUGGGAUUAAUUCUGCCACUCCUGGCUUGUUUCCAGAUGGUUCCAAUGGCGAGGAUAUGUUCUACCUUGAGCAGGAAAGCGGGCACCUGGGCGACCACGAAGGUGCCGCUCUUGUGACUGAUGGCAACUUUGGUGGUAUUGUGCUGGAGCAGCCUCAGACUGUGGCUGCUCUUCCGAAUGGGAACAAUGGACUUGGCAAUGAGAUGAGCGGGAACAACAAAAUGGUAGUGCCAUGUAACAAUGAGCAUCAUAUGGCGAAUGCUGUGCUGGCUGUGUUUGAGGAGUGUUUGAGGGAGGCAAAGGCUAACGGCAUUAUCAGUGGUGGCAAUGUGGACGGGAGUGCUGAGGAAAACGAGCUUGCAAAGCGGUGGAGGGCGCAGAGGAUGGAUGAACUUGAUGUGUUGAGUCGGAGGCUCAGGUUGCUUGUUGAGGAUGCAACAGCGGCUGGGCACUGAGGCAGAGGUUGGCGAUUUUGGUGAUAUGCUUUGACCCUUUGCCCCAUUUGUAUAGAAGCUAGGUUAUUAUGCUAUGCUUUUGUAAUGUCUUGCUCAGCUUGGCCCUUGCUUUAGCAAGCCUAUCAUAUUCUUGCCUGUACACCUCUACAGGUAUUAUUGUCUAGUUUAAUAAUUUCAGCAGCAUAAUAAUCUAUGGUUUCAGCAUUGUUGUUCAUAUGGCUUCCUGCUGUGGGUACCAUUUUUAAUUGACUGCUAAUGAUAGCUAGUUCAUGUAGCUUCAGCCAUUUCACCUUAUCCCUUUUGUCAAUUAGAAGCUAUUGUACUUGUAAGCGGUGCAAGAAUAACAUUUCCUUGUGAGCACUUUUAUUGUUA